AUGGCGUUAAAACGGAUUCAGAAAGUAAGUUAUUUGUGUUUUUCUUGACUUUUAGGUAAUUCUUAAAUUAUGUUAGAGUUAAGAGAUAAUUUAUUGAUUAUCACGUCUACAGUGUGGAUGUUUAAGUAAAAUUUGUAAAAUUAAGUUUGACAUGACGAAUUUGAUGUUGUAGUGAUGCUCUGGAACGCAAUGGAAACAUAUAUUUUACAAAGUUUAAGAUUUUGUCUUGAAAAGUAUAUUUUAAGAUGUUUUCCUUACUUAUUGGUCACGAGGCUUUUUGCAUCGAUUUUAAGUGACAUUUUCUACGUUUUGUAGUUAUCGAUUUAUGUCUUUAUUUUGUAUAUUGAGGUAUUAGAUUAUAAUUAGCGACUUUGACUUUAAAGACCUGGCAACGGUUUUGAAUUUGAGCGAUUGCAUCGUUCAACCGGUUUUCAAGUUUUUAGGAUAAGUCAAUAAAAAGUUUAUUUUUUGUACUUUUUUUUAUUGUUUCAGGAGUUACAAGAUCUCGGCCGUGACCCUCCAGCUCAAUGCAGUGCUGGCCCAGUUGGAGACGAUCUAUUUCACUGGCAAGCAACGAUUAUGGGGCCUCCAGAGUCUCCAUAUCAAGGUGGCGUCUUCUUCCUGACUAUCCACUUCCCUACUGAUUACCCGUUCAAACCACCAAAGGUUUCGUUUACAACUCGAAUUUACCAUCCCAAUAUUAACAGUAAUGGCAGUAUUUGCUUGGAUAUUCUGCGUUCCCAGUGGUCACCGGCUCUGACUAUUUCAAAAGGUACGAUUAUUGAUUAUGUUUGGUGUCUGGUGUAUAUGUAAGGAGUGGCAUAUGCGGUUUUACUUAAAUAGGCGUGCAUAUGUUUAUUAUAUGCAAAAUUAGUCUAGUGCACAAUGAAAUUUAAGGCUUUAAAAUUGAGAAAGCUAAAAAUGUUUAAUUAUUGCUUUUUUAUAAGAUUUAUCUUUGAUAACUGAUAUGAAGUUUGAAGAAAACGACAAACUUGCUUUUUGAGGGCUUUUUGUCAGCUUUUAAUUAUAAUAUAGAUUUUUUAAUUGUAAUCAGUAAUAUGUUGUAUUUCAGUUCUCCUUUCCAUUUGCUCCUUGCUCUGUGACCCCAACCCAGAUGAUCCACUCGUGCCUGAGAUUGCUCGCAUUUACAAGACAGACAGAGAUCGAUACAACACCUUGGCAAGGGAAUGGACGCAGAAGUACGCCAUGUGA